UUUCGGCCUGGAGGUGUGCAGCAGUAGGAGCCAUUGUCUAUUAUUGUAGUAAACAAAACAUGACGCGACACGCAAGAAAUUGUACUGCUGGUGCUGUUUACACUUAUCACGAGAAAAAGAAAGAUGCAGCAGCGUCUGGUUAUGGAACAAAUACACAAAGAGUGGGCAAAGAUUCUGUGAAAGAUUUUGAUUGUUGUUGUCUUACCUUACAACCAUGUAGAAACCCUGUAAUAACGAAAGAUGGUUAUUUGUUUGAUAAGGAGGCAAUUUUGGAAUACGUUUUGACCAAAAAGAAAGAAUACACAAGAAAAUUAAAAGAAUAUGAAAAACAGAAACGGCAAGAAGAGGAACAAACUCAUGAAAAAACUGCUAAUGAAGAAUUACAAAAGCUACAGAACUUUUUGAAGGGGGAAAAAAAUAUUGUUUCUAGGAGUCAAAGUAGUGUAGAUGAAUCAGGUUCUUCAGUUUCUAAUAUGUGCUACGGCAAGGAUAAAAUACUCCCCAGUUUUUGGAUUCCUUCUAAAACACCAGAAGCUAAAGACUCAAUAUUACAAAAGCCAGACAAAACAAUUUAUUGUCCUAUAAGUGGAAAGUCAUUGAAAAUAAAAGAUCUUAUACCAGUAAAAUUCACAGAAGUGAAAGACCCAGAUGAUCAAAAAUCUCUUAUUGUUAAACAAGCACGAUAUAUGUGUCCUAUUACUCAUGAUAUUUUAAGUAAUAGUGUCCCAUGUGCAAUUAUAAGAACAACUGGUGAUGUAAUAACUUUGGAAUGUGUAGAAAAGAUUAUAAAAAGAGACUGGAUAAAUCCUUUGGAUAGCACAAAACUGACUGAAGCCGACAUUAUACCGCUUCAAAGGGGUGGUACUGGAUACGCCGCUGUUAACGAUCGUCUAGAAGGGAAACAUGAAAGACCAGUAUUACAAGCGUAAAUUGAACAGAUAUUUGAAAUUAAUUGAAUAAAAUAUUUUCAAUAUAAAAUUUAUAAUAAAUGAUAAACAGUGUACGUACCAUGAGGGAUGUAUAAUAAAUAAAGAUUAUGACCAAUAA